AUGGUUUUUAACGUUGGAAAAUUUGAAUCUUUUAUAUCUUCUAUGGUAAAAGAUAUCUUGGCAUACAAUAAUCCAUCUAAGUACGACGAGGUACCGGAGGUCUGCAGACCCCACCCUGAACUCUGCCAAAACGCUAUUGAUGGAAAGUAUCCAUACUUCCCAGCUAACGAUUCGUCACUGAACUGCACCUGGUUCUACACCUGCCUAAGCGGGCACUACAUGGGAGCCAUUCCCUGCAAUAAUCCCGAUAUUCCGGCUCGCUGGAGGAGAUCUCGUUUCGAAGCCUGGCUGAUAUCGGCAUACAAGGCCUUCAACUCGGAGCACCUCAUCUACACGCACUUCUGCGGCUACACCGUCCACCUAGAGGAUAUGAGCAGGCUGUACGACGACGGCUUCCUUCAGAAUGUCUUUAAGGCGGCCAGGAUGCUGAAGAAUCUGAACAUGACGGAGGAAGAGGAGUGCCUGCUGAAGUCCAUCAUCAUCCUUUUCAGAGACAGAGCAGAGCUGGUUAACCCAGACCUAGUCGAGAGCUGUCAGCUAAAAAUAAUAGACGCCGUCAACCGAUUCCACUUGCGCCGAAGACCGAAGGACCGACUAUUCGUGGCCCGGAUCAUAUCGGUAUUGGUGUAUUUACGAAGUCUGUCGGAGCAGCAUAUAGAGCAAGAGAGUAAGAUUAACAUGGAAUGGGCGACCGAUAUAAAGUUACCGCCCCUCUUGUACGAGUUGUUUUCAGUCUGA